AUUCUAAUAUUUUUUAUCUUUCCACACAAAGAACAAAUACAAAAAUAAUACACAAGAUUCAACCAAUGUGUUCUUCCUCGAAUCUAGAGCGCCGUAUCGGCAAGAUGGCGUCGAAUGCUCUGCUCUAAACAAGGGAGUUGCGGUUGUACCAGGCUUUGUUUGUCCUAGAAGAAUCUUUAUACAUUCUAGAUGUUAAAUUGUUUUACGUCACACAUUCUGAGGUAGCCGGUCUAAUGGAUGAAGAAAAGGUUGACCACUGUAUGCUUAAUAAGCCUGUUCUUGGAGGAAUUCCAGCACUUCAGCAGAUAGUGAAUGGUGUUCUGUAUGGAACGACAGAGGUCCGCAACCUACUUUUGUAUGAGUGCACUGUCAUCUACGAAUGCUGUUUGUGCCACAGUCUUUUCCGUGGCCUGCCAAAUUUUGUGGCUCACAAACGGCUAUACUGCACCGAAAGCUACAAAAAUUCUUCAGUGAAGUUUCCUUCGAACACCAGCGAAGAUGAGACUAUUGUGAUCCAGCCAGUUUCUCCUAAUCAGACUGUGGAGUGUGAGGUGGAACCACCUGAUACUACUUCAAACUUAUCAAAACCAGGCACCUCAGAUGCAGUGCAGUUUUAUGAUAGCAUACUAGAUGUGCAGGCUGAGAGGUGGGAUCAAAAGAAAAUUACCACAGUUAAAUUACAGUCCAUCAAGAACAAUCCAAAUGCUGUUUACCAGACAGUAGUAAAUGGAGACAAGGAAGAACAGAAUGUAGAACCGUGGAAAUCACCUGAAGAGACAGUUGUGACUGUCAUCCCCCAAGAAUGUGAAAAGUCAACAAGGGUCACCUCUCGUUCUGUCCCAGAGUAUAAGCUGCUACGAAUGAGAGCCAUGCAGAAAGCUGAAAAGUGUCAUGCAUCAAAAACAAGCGCGACUUCAACUGGUCCCAAGACUGCAGUCAAAGUUACACCGAUCCCCUCACGGUCAGCCGAUGGUACGAACAUCGAAAAGAUUUCCCUGUUCAAGCCACCUUAUUGUAGCGUUGAAAAGCUAACAUGCCUUCUGUGCAGCACAAAGUACUCAUCAUUGAAGACACUUAAGAUACACAUGACAUCCGUCCACGCAGAGCGGAGGAAAGUCUAUCCGUGCACUGAGUGCAGAAGUCAGUUUGUGCACUGCUGGGGUGCAGUUCGCCAUCUAGUAAAGGUUCAUCAUAAAAGCAAGGACGAUAUCAAGGAAUUGAGAGACAUGAUCAAGAAGCGAGCAUCAUUCAAGAAUAUAUUUCCGGUAGCACCCAUGAGGCAACGAGUGCAAGAAGACAUCACCGAGAAUCAGGAUGAGGAGAUGACAGCUGAAGAAGAGGCACCUGAGGACAUGUCAGCUGAAGAUGAACCCUUGUGUAAUGAAAUUGGCUCUGAACCAGAGGAAUGCUUGCUUCUCGGUGAGGCUGCACAUGUGAAAAAUGACAAAGCUGAGAUGGACAUCGAACAACGUGAUGAACUAGUUCGCCAAGAGAGUAGCCAGGAGCUGUCAAGCGUGUGUGUUGGAUCACUCGUACUGCAUAAGUGUGUUAAGUGUAACAAGAUGUUUGGUCACAAGGACACGCUUUUGAAACACCAGGACGUGUGUACUGAGCAGUCACAUAAAACAGUCUCAUCUUUGUUUAAAGGGAAAAACAGAGGAAAGGGGCAGGCAAAAGACAGAAUCGAACCCAUGAUUCAAUGCGAAAUGCCAUUAGAUCCCACCACGUGGGAGCAAAAGAUUAUGGUGCAUAUUGACCGAGUAAGGCGCAAAUGUUUGUUGUGUGGCGACAAAUACUCGAGCUUGAGCAACACCAAGCGCCACGUGCAGCUCCAUCUUGGAUGGAAGAGAUUCGAAUGUCAGAUAUGCGGCUUCCAGAACUUCAACCGAGGCGACAUUCGCUCGCACUUGUGCCGCAGUCACGAGGACAAGCUUAAAGGACUCAAAAGCCCUGACAAGCUAAUCACUGAUUUGGUACUUGGCGAGACGACGGAGGAAGGAAGCCUGGCAGCCCGACGCAUGCCUAUACAAAGUCGCAAUGCAAAACCCGUCAUAAAGAACCUGAUGUCAGCAGCAUCAUCAAGCCGACGCAAGUCACAACCGACUCAUUUUGCGUCGUCUUCGUCAUCUGAGUAUUCGAUCAAGUAUCGGACGACGAGUCAGAGUCGUGCCGAGAGGAUGCCUUGCCGACCAGCCGUGAGUCCCUUUAACAUAUCAACUCGCAACACGCCACGGACAUACGACCUCACACCAUGCGUGCGUACUAUGCGCACUGAGAUGGUAGUGACGCGUUCUGCCGACAAGCUGUCUACACUAAAGACGAGGUCAGGAUCCUAUCAGAAGCGAGUUCCCACUGAACAGCAGCUGAAACGCAUCACAGGGAAACGAGUGGCUGUCAAGAGUGAGCCCGGAGCAGAUGCUGACAGCCAAAACAAUGAGUUCCAUGUUGACGCAGACUCUGACACUGGCAGUAGUGUACAGGGCGAUCCCUUUGAUCGGAACAGUGAGAGUCAAGACACCAGUUACAGUGGUCAGAAUUGUGAUAGUGAUCAGGCUAGCAAUUACUCUGGCCGCCAUAAGUUUGCACUGCCAUCAUCCACUGGUGUUGAGCCCGGUGUUUUUAUCCAGUCUGAUUCUACGGGCCAUUUGUGUGACUCUGAGAAUUCCCAUCAGGAUAAUGAAAGAAGUGUCAGCCGUGCCGACGACUGUGCAUCCAGCAGUGAAAACACAAUGAAAGAGGAUUCAAAGAUACCUCAGAUGUCCUUAGCACUGUCGGAAAAUUAUAUUACCGAAAACCAAUCGGUAACAUGCACAAAUCUUCCAGUACAGUUUAAUACAUGUAGAGUGAGACUGCAGCGCUCUUCAAUAGUAAACCAGACUGGCAAGCAACAGUCACAGCCACAUGUGGCAGGUAGUAAAGAGGUAUCAGCUGAAAUAAAACCACUAGCUGCAGUACACCAAGCAACUGCAGCCUGGUUGCAAGCCAAGGCAGCGGCACAACGAUGUGUAAUCAGUGCACCGAAACAUGCGAUAUCAAGUGAGCCUCUUCAAUCAGGGGCAGACCAACAGAGGUUGCAAGCAGACGAUCAGGGUCAAAUGUCCUGUGAUGAGUCUAUCCAGUCUGGCCAUCCAAUAUCUGAUAUUUCAAAUAAGCAGACAUUGCAAGCCCCGUCAGAAUUAACUAUAGCUCAGGGACCUGAGGUCAUAGCAGAGGAACGCUCACCAGAAGUAGGGCGUCUGACUUCUGUGCAGCAGCUGGAUACAGAAGUUGAGCAAGUCUGUGAUGUACCAAUUGAUGCUGCUACUGUAGCUAAAGACAAUCUUGUGUCAACGACUACAUGCAUGCUAGCAGCAACCUCAGCAAAGGUCGCAUCUCCCACGAGUACCAGCGCAGCACCAGAGGCAAUGUCACAAUCCAUACUAUCAGUCCAGGCAGGUACUCCCGUUUUACAUCUUGGUACGUUAUUUAAACAGUGCAUUACAUUGCCAACAACGCAGUCUGGAAUAACGACUGGGACAGGAUCCGCUGUGGUGUCACAGCCCAUCAUGAUGACCUCUCAACCAUUGGGUAAAAACGCUGUUAUUGUAACAUCAGGUUUGCAUUCCACAAUCACCUUGGGGGCCACUCAAGCAACUUCAGGAGGUAUACAGGCUGUGAGGAUUAGCGAAAACCAGGUGAUAUUACAGGGCCCAAGACCUGUAAAUGUAACUUCAAAUCAACACGUAAUUAGGACCCAGCCAGUAGUGUCGACUCAGAUUCUGCCCCAAAGGAGUGCACCCAGAAUUACUGUUCUACCAAGAAAACGGAUUUUUCCUAUUGGGCAAAAGGUUGUACCAAUAAGACCAUUGUCAGCACCACCUUACCAGCAAUGCUUUGCACCUGUGCGCCAGUCAUUGUCAUUGACCUUAAGGCAACCGCCGCCUCUAGUGCGAUUCCAAGAGCCUAGGUCACAGUCAUUGCUGCCCAAACAAUUAAUCAGGACAACACCAAGACACACUCACGAACAAGUUGCAUCCAAACAGGAAACGGUUUCAGCAAUGCAGUUAGGUGCCAGUCGGGUAGAGACCAGUCAAGAUAACUCGGCAGUAUAUCUGCCCACUGGCAGGAGUCAAGAUAAUAAAGAAACUGUAGGCUUUGAUGCAAGUACACAGGAAACACUGUCUGGAGACCAGAUUAUGAGCAAUGCUGAACUGGCCACGUUUCCCGAGCAUUUUAUUGUAGAUUCUGGCAAUGAGCAGCUGGACAACGAUAGCACAACAUUGCAGCAUGCAUCUAAUGUCUUACAAGACACUCAACAUGUCUACGUUGAUAUAGGGAACCUGAUACAUCUGGACGAUGGACAGUAUGUUGUUGCAGAAGAAGUUGUUGGUGAAUGAUCAUGUGGACCAGGGAAAAAAUUAAAAUGUAUUUUUCGGGGCUACUUUUCAAGCUCGCGUGCAUGAAAAUAGCAC